ACCUCACAACCCAAGAGCCCCGGAAGUAACACUAAAUACUUUAACUGCACAUACCAUAUCACGUACCGGUUGAUAUUAUGCAGUCGAUCUUAGCUCAUGACCAGGGCGAAAGCCCCGCCACGAAUCACACUACGGAUGCGCUCCCUAUAGCGGAKUUGGGACAGCUUCACUGGGUGAAAAGGCCGCUAUCCACCUUGUCGGCUCUGGCUGCAAGAGAAAAAGGCCCUUCCGACAACGAGUGCCCCGGAUUAUGGUGGCCGAGUGUGCUAUUCAACGACUACGAUGAAUUCCAAGACUUUUUUGYGAACGAGCUGAAACCCGAAGAACAUCAARGAAGCGAUGCCACCGAAACCAAGGYGCUGAUUGUACAAAGGAUCUUUCGGAACAUGCUCCAGCAAAAGUGUAUUAUGAUCGCAAGGUUGUUGGGACGUUCCAUCCGCGACUAYGUCGAGAUCGUGGAAGACCACCCAGCAGGUGGUGAGCUAGAAGCCCACCAAGCAGCGGAAUUUGUAUCCUUCACCCGAAUGCCGCAAGAAGUCCACCUGCCGCAGAUGAAACCGGAUGCCUUUGUCGUUUUGAAAAAGCAGAAGGACAAGGAAAAUGGCGAUCUCACAGAAACCACAAUCGUUGACGACGAGCUCUACAUGAAAUACAUGCUUGCACUGGACCUMGCUGCUACCAAGAGAAUGGGCGGCCCACUGGCWCCAAACGAGACACUAAGAUCCGAUUUCCGGGAUAUCGGCCGUGCCGAACUCGCACGGUUGCCAUCUACCGUAACGAAASUAUCGGAUGWACUUAAGAACUCAUCCGCAGGAAGCAAAGAAGACAAACAAGGUGAAAAAUUGGAAGAGUGGAAAGAAUCUACACCCGAGAUCUGGCAAWCGUUCAUUAGGGAUGAAAUCUAUAGCGAUAGCGAUAGCGAUGAAGAACAAGAAGAUGCCAACGGAGGGGACAAGCAUUACGGAGCCACCACAACUGCCGAUGCUUGUGUGAAUCACGAUGCGCCCCCCAAACCUCAAGGAGAAAAAUUCAYCACUGCUUGCAAURAUGCUGUCCCCGAGGYAGAUAUGGCCCCGGAAGCUAUGACUUUGCCCAAAACUGGUAUCGCUGCUACCGCUGCUGCCAAGAAAACCAGUGGRGAAGCCUCGAUUCUUCCGGAGACCGAUGAAGAUGCCGUUCCUGCUGCGAAGGACCUUUCAAGCGACAAGAAAAACARCGAUGCGGUGGAAGAUCCUGGACGGUCCGUSGAAGCGGCAUCGCCUUCUUCUUCUGCAACGUUGGUAUCRCAAUCGUCGGAGGGGCAGGAUGGCACGGGAUCUUCCGAAAGCCACUCCAUGACCGUUUCUCCGGCCUCUUCUACCCCAUCUACCCAUGAUCCAACCGAUGGACACRCGAAUSCCAMCUCCGAUGYCACUGCGACAGAAACUGUUUCUCCGGUUACCACUCCGGCGGGAAACACUCCGGAAUCWCUUCCGUUCUCUCCCCAUCCCAAGAAACCCAAAAAGAGAGGGCCCGGCCGGCCUUCGGAAUCCACUGGCAACAAAACAGCAACUCCCCAGGCUCUCUUUGCGGAAACUCCACAGGAACAAACGAAAGGACCCGACGUUUUGGAGGCUGCGUCAAACGACACCGCUGCUCCGGCGAGCAAUGCAAAUCCGUCGUCCCUUCCUUUCUCUCCUCCCCCCAAGAMUACAAAAAAGAGCAACGGUGAUGUCCAAAACACAACGCAAGAACCGUCCCCUCCGUUUUCUCCCCUUGCUAAGGAACCCRAGGCGACGACGGGCCUCACCCAAACCUAUGCUCGCGGAGUAGCARAGGACACCGAAACCGACGACCUGGCGUCGCUCCACAUCUUUUCUCCACACAAGGCCCGGAAGAACCCCCCCGCGAAAUCCUCGAUCGAACCGGCCCGGGUCGAAACAGUCGAAACCAGCGACUCCUUUGACACGGUUUGCGACAGGCUCGCCGAGGCGGGAUGGACCAUCGAUGCCAACGUCGGAAACUAUUUUAGUCCGGGCGUGGGAUACGACGACAUCAAGCUGAACCCGMAGUGGAGGGGCAAGAAGCUGUUCCUCAGCAGGGACUCGUUCGUUGGGUUUCUGAGGGACACCUAUGGCUGGRAGGKAACGGAGGUCGGGACGCCUCCAAAACAAAGCAGCAGCACCAAGAGGGGCAGGAGCAGCAGGAGCAGCAGCAAACCCAACAGGAAGAGGAGCGCAAGCCACACRGUGACCCCCACCCAGAGCACCCGACCGAAGAGAACCCGGCGCGAUUCGCAUUGCGAGGACAAUGCCGACACACCGAUGGCCCAGAGAACGCAGUUCCGGUUUGCUUCGGAGGAUGAGGAAGACUUUUAUCACUUUCCCACGUUGAUCAAGAAGCUCCAGAAGCACCKCGGCUGGAAAUACMUKYAUGGGGGAGACUUCCAUCACUGGAAGUACGUGCUCCCCGGGGGCAAGAAUGCUUCCGAGGGAGGGCAGCACAUGGUGGAUUUUUUCUACGAGGAAUCCGAAGUGAUCAAAUACUGCGUGCAAAAUUCUUACUACAAGAGACGGCGGGAACUGGAACUGGAGGACUAGGAAGAAGAAAGAAAUGCAGCGAGGCAGCAUAGUUUUUCUUGGGAGCAGAAGUCGCCGGUCGACACAAUGAUCGCAGCGAAUUGCAUGCUAGGCAGUGCCCCUUCCUAGCAGCAUUCGAUGAAAAGUAGAUAGUUAAGUUAAAAAUUCAUG